GCGCCUCAGUUCGAAGCCUCCGGAAGGCGCGGCCGUCGGCCCCUGCGCUUGUCUGUCGCUCGAGGCCCCGCCCCGCGCCCACGGGCGCCGCCAUGUUGGGGGUCCUCGCUCGGGACGCGUAGGCGUCCGCGUAAGAUGCCGGCCGGCGCGCGCUACUGCCGCCAAGAUGGCGUCCAUGCGGGAGAGCGACACGGGCCUGUGGCUGCACAACAAGCUGGGCGCCACGGACGAGUUGUGGGCGCCGCCCAGCAUCGCGUCCCUGCUCACCGCGGCGGUCAUCGAUAACAUCCGCCUCUGCUUCCACCGCCUCUCAUCGGCUGUGAAACUCAAGCUGCUGCUCGGGACGCUGCAUCUUCCGCGCCGCACGGUGGACGAGAUGAAGGGCGCUCUGAUGGAUAUUAUCCAACUGGCCACCCUGGACUCAGACCCCUGGGUCCUCAUGGUUGCUGACAUUCUGAAAUCCUUUCCUGACACGGGUUCACUGAAUCUAGACCUCGAGGAGCAGAACCCCAAUGUUCAAGACAUCUUAGGAGAACUUAGAGAAAAAGUGGGCGAGUGCGAGGCAUCUGCCAUGCUGCCACUGGAAUGCCAGUACCUGAACAAGAGUGCCCUGACCACCCUCGCUGGUCCCCUCACCCCACCGGUGAAGCAUUUUCAGCUGAAGCGGAAACCCAAGAGCGCCACUCUGCGGGCAGAGCUGCUGCAGAAGUCCACUGAGACAGCCCAGCAGCUGAAGAGAAGCGCCGGGGUGCCAUUCCAUGCCAAGGGCCGGGGGCUGCUCCGCAAGAUGGAUACUACAACCCCUCUCAAAGGCAUCCCGAAGCAAGCCCCCUUCAGAAGUCCCACCACACCCAGCGUCUUCAGCCCCUCUGGGAACCGGACCCCAAUACCACCUUCGAGGACACCCCUGCAGAAAGAAAGGGGUGUAAAGCUGCUGGAUAUUUCUGAGCUGAAUACAGUUGGUGCUGGCCGAGAGGCAAAGAGGAGGAGGAAGACUUUAGACACAGAGGUGGUGGAAAAGCCCACCAAGGAAGAGACAGUUGUUGAAAAUGCCACCCCUGACUAUGCUGCUGGCCUGGUGUCCACACAGAAACUUGGGUCUUUGAAUAGUGAGCCAGCUCUUCCCUCCACAAGUUACCUGCCCUCUACCCCCAGUGUGGUACCGGCCUCCUCUUACAUCCCCAGCUCUGAGACGCCCCCAGCCCCUCCUUCCCGGGAAGCCAGCCGAGCACCUGAGGAGCCCAGUGCCCCAAGCCCUACGCUGCCAGCUCAGUUUAAACAAAGGGCGCCUAUGUAUAACAGUGGCCUGAGCCCAGCUACGCCAACACCUGCAGCACCUACCUCGCCUCUGACACCUACUACUCCCCCAGCUGCCACUCCCACUGCUCAGACACCCCCAGUGGCCAUGGUGGCCCCACAGAGCCAGGCACCUGCCCCUGUUCAGCAGCAACCCAAGAAGAACCUGUCCCUCACGAGAGAACAGAUGUUUGCUGCCCAAGAGAUGUUCAAGACGGCAAACAAGGUCACUCGGCCAGAGAAGGCCCUCAUCCUGGGCUUCAUGGCUGGCUCUCGAGAGAACCCAUGCCCGGAGCAGGGGGAUGUGAUCCAGAUCAAGCUCAGCGAGCACACAGAGGAUCUGCCCAAGGCAGACGGCCAGGGCAGUACCACCAUGCUAGUGGACACAGUGUUCGAGAUGAACUACGCCACAGGCCAGUGGACACGCUUCAAGAAGUACAAGCCCAUGACCAAUGUGUCCUAAGUGCCAUCUCUGCUGCUGACCUCAUCAGGCCAGAAGACAAGUUUUGCUGGCUAUUCUAAGUGACCCGAGCAGAUACCCAAGGAUGUGCUCUACCCAGCACCUGCCAUGUACAGGCUCCUGGGCCCCAGGCUGUUUUAAGUUUUAGAUCAUUUCUCUGGGGAGUGUAGACUUUUUUUUUU